GCCGCCGCUUCCUCCUCCUCCUCCGGUAAGGGUCAGAAAUGGCCACCGUCUCAUCAAAUGCUUCACCUAAAUCCUUCUCCUUCACUGUUUCCAAUCCUCUUAAAUCCAAAAUCCCAACAAAAUCUCCAUCCCUCAAAUAUCCACCUCGCAAGAACCAUCACCGUCUAGGUUUAUCGAUAAACGCCACCGUAUCAACACCACCUUCAAUCGCAACCGGAAAUGCACCUUCACCGGAUUACAGAGUCGAGAUUCUCUCCGAAUCUUUACCAUUUAUCCAAAAAUUCCGUGGUAAAACCAUAGUUGUCAAAUACGGCGGCGCAGCCAUGACUUCGCCGGAGCUUAAAUCCUCCGUCGUAAGCGAUCUCGUUCUUCUCGCGUGCGUUGGUCUACGUCCGAUCCUCGUUCACGGCGGUGGUCCUGAUAUUAACCGUUACCUGAAACAACUCAACAUUCCAGCUGAGUUUCGUGACGGACUUCGUGUCACUGACGCCACCACGAUGGAGAUCGUCUCUAUGGUUUUAGUCGGAAAAGUUAAUAAGAAUCUGGUUUCGCUUAUUAACGCCGCCGGGGCAACCGCCGUGGGGUUAUCAGGACACGACGGUCGUCUUCUCACUGCGCGACCUGUUCCCAAUUCAGCUCAAUUAGGUUUCGUUGGUGAAGUUGCAAGAGUAGAUCCAUCAGUAUUGCGUCCGCUUGUUGAUUACGGUUACAUUCCAGUGAUUGCCUCUGUUGCUGCUGAUGAUUCUGGUCAAGCUUACAAUAUCAAUGCAGAUACAGUUGCUGGAGAGCUUGCGGCGGCGCUUGGAGCUGAGAAAUUGAUUCUGCUGACUGAUGUAGCUGGAAUCUUGGAGAAUAAAGAGGAUCCAAGUAGUUUGGUGAAGGAGAUUGAUAUAAAAGGAGUGAAGAAGAUGAUUGAAGAUGGUAAAGUUGCUGGUGGGAUGAUUCCUAAGGUGAAGUGUUGUAUAAGGUCUCUUGCUCAAGGAGUUAAGACGGCUAGUAUUAUUGAUGGAAGGAUACAACAUUCUCUGCUUCAUGAGAUUAUGUCUGAUGAAGGAGCUGGAACUAUGAUUACUGGAUAAAUUUGUUAUAGUGUGUGAUCAUCAAAGUUGAGGUUUUUGUAUUUGAGAAUGCCAGUGUUUGGCAUUAGGAUGUCAAAUCUUAUGAUCAUUUCUUAUUAGUCUAUCAAAGACAAGAUUUUCGGCAGUUUUUGUGGUUAGCAACUUAGUAUUUGCACCGUUGUUGUCUCAUGAUUAUCCUUAGUCUUAAACAGUUACAUUUUUGGAGACACUUAGCUGCUCUAAGGAUAGUUGUCUGAGUAAAUCUUCUUCUUUCUC